AUGCCUCCAAACACUAACAACUCAUUUAAAUCGAAAAAGAAAUUUAUAGAUCGUCGAGAAGCCAAAUCACAAGAUAUAAAACGAGCAUUAACACACCGAGCUAGAUUAAGAAAGAACUAUUUCAAAUUAUUAGAAAAAGAAGGGUUACAAGAGGAGAAGAAAGUGGAAGACGACAAAGACAUAAAGCCAAUAAAGAAAAAAGGAAUAAAUUUUGAAGAACGUGCAGCCAUUGUGAAACAACGUAAAGAUGAAAAACGUAAAUUCCAAUUAGCAAGAGUACAAGAAAAAUUGGAAAAGAUUGAAUCAAAUUCGAAGGAACGAGCUUUAAAGCGUGAGCAACUAAAGAAAUCAACUACUAAAGGACAACCGCUAAUGGGUCCAAGAAUAAACAAUCUUUUAGACAAAAUAAAGAAAAACGAAAUGAGCUGA